GAUAAAAAAAAAUGUUGAUGAGGCUGUAUGAUUGAUCAUCUCUUGUUGACAACCUCGAUUUGCGUCAUACACAGAUCUGCUUGACUAACAUUGAUUAGUAUUUGGGGAGAGUGUUGAGAUGUAUCAUUCCUAUGCCUGGCUCACUGGGCUGGCUUGGUUGAUGAAUAUCCUCCCAUCUGCUGUGCAUGGAGUUUGCCAGAGUUCCACUUCAAGGGGAGACAAUUACAACUUCCUUACUGUAAUGGGAGUUCAAGCUCGUCAUACAAUCUCUACAAGCUUAAAUGCACAAACAGAGUACCAGUUUGUAUCUCCAGAAUAUGAACAUUUAUGGAAAUCAACAUUGGUAACUCCCUUGCCAGUGUGGUUGAAGUACAAUGAGACAACUACCACAGUGUACGGUACUCCAGUGGAAGCAGGAGUGACCAUGGUCAGACUUGACCUCACUCACCUGAAGAUGACCAAUACUUGUAACAGCAGCAUGGCUGCUGACCUCACUAUAGUUGUCCAUGAUGCUCCAGUGGUCAGAAAAGUUACCACAGAUCAGUGCAUUACUACUGAUGCUGCUCCAUUGCUUGAAAGACCCAUCGACCAGCUUAAGGUCCAAGUUGGUCGUCCGUUCCUGCACAGUAUCUGUGACACAUUUAAGAGCUCAGAUAACCUAGAUCUAACUCUGAUGUUGACCCUACCAUACGGGAAAGAUGCUCCUGGUGAUUUUUGGCUUCAGCUUGAUGAAUCAGCCCAAUUUCUGUAUGGUUUACCUUUGGCAGCAGAUACCAUGGUAACUGAUAGUGUAACUUUAGUUGCUAUGGAUACAUGUGGUAAAAAGUCCAGAGAUGCAAUACACCUUGACUUUGAACCACUACCAGAGGUUACUCACACCAUGACCUUGACUGUGACCCCAGCAGCAAGAAGCAAAGGAAGUGAUGACUCUGUGGUUUUAUUGGUGCAUGUUGUUUCUAAGCUUGAAAACUGGUUUAGGAGCAUUCAGGUGAAGGCAGACAUUUAUGUAGUAGGUGUAGAAUGGAAAGAAGACCAGCUGGUUGUACAGUUUACAUUGUCAGGCUCCUCUGUCAGAACAUGUAGCAAACCCUACCUUGAGGAUCUGGUGAAGGACAUGACACUGCCAGCAUUUUCCUGUCUAAUGGCGCCAAUGUUUACCAUGGAGGACCUGGUCUCGGUGAAUUUUUCUGACAGCUGUGUCGACACCUACCCUCAUUCCUCUAUGCCAUCCAAAUAUGGCAUGUCAAAGAUGAAGCCCACCCUAGACCACUGGCUUGAGGUGGUUGUGCCGUGUGCAGCUUUCCUUCUUAUCGUCACUGUUGUGGUUAUUGUACUUAUGGCUUGCAGUGGUAAGUAUCCUCAUCGCAGGAAGAGGUAUGUCUUAAAAUCUGAGAUUCCUACUUAUCUGGAGGACAGGAAGCCAAUUAUCUUUCCAGACGAGACACGUAGAAAGGAAAGCUCACUUGAACCACGUCCACCUAUCUUAAUACCUGGGAAUGGGGAGUAUGAACCAUCUCCAUGGCAACAAGAUGAUGGUGAAAAUGGGAGCCUGCCUCUGUUGAGAGGUACACCUGAUCGAAAUGCCCCAACACCACCAGAAUAUCUCCUUAAUGACAUUGGUGUACCCCCUCCAUACAGACUGCCCCCUCCCUACAACUCCACCCAUCCCACCUGGUGAGAAGUUUGCACUCUCUGGAGUAACAGAGAGCCUAAUUUUGUAUGAUAACUGAAUUUGAAUUGGCAUUGAAUGCUGCUUUUAAUGAUUUGUUUAAUUUGCUGUAUUUUGAUGUUGUAUUGGCUAUCUUAUACAUAUUUGUACUAUUGUUAGUUGCCAUGGUAUGCUACUUUCAUUUACAAAUUAUGACAUAUCACUGAUAAAUAACAAACACUCACCUACAUGUACAUAAAGGUGCAUUUGAUUUAAUAAUUAAUUUAGAUAACCCAAUGUAACUAAGUAAAUUAAUUGGUAAAUGAAACUAAUGUAUUUCUCUUAACAUGAUGUAGUAAAUUGUAGUACGGUAUCAUGUAUAAUUUUUAUCACAUUAGUAGUCUGUACUACCAUGCAAUAUGGCCAUGUCAUAAACAUACUGCAUCACAUAUUUGUCUAUGGAGGGUGAUACCUGUUGAAUGGAAAUUUACCUUUUUUUCUUUAUCUUUUUUUUUUUUGUGGGGGCAGGGGGUGGGGAAUUAAUUUUAAUUGUGAUAUGUGAUAAAUAGAAACUUGUCGUUAUAAGAUUGAACUAUUCAUUGUUAAAUAAAUUGAUAUGUUAACUUACUGGCCUAAUGCCUGGUAACAUAAAACUAUUGAACCUAUUUAAUAAAUUCACAGAGUUAUGUGUAUUUGUGUUUAAUUGCGAUAUUGGAGGAAAUAUUUUCUAUUAGCUUUACACAGGGCUUUAUAUAUUUGUAUACAUGUCUCUCUGCGAAUUUUAAGUUGAUAGACACACAUGUGUACCCAUAAGUAACACAUACAUCAGCUUCUAUUUCUUAACUGCGCAAGUAAAAUUUAUGACCAUGAUAUAAACAUGUUAGAGAAGCAGCCAGUUUCUUUUGGUAAAAAGUAUGUAUACAAUUGUGCAAUAAUAUCAGGUUCUAUCAAAUCAAUCUGAAAAUAUACUUUUAAAGUAGAACUUAAUGUUUGGAGUGGCAAAAAGGAAAAUUCUACAUAAGAGUGACCAAGAUUAUGAAUUAGAGUAUUUAUCAUAUAUGUAUUGGAGUAUUCUCCCAGAAUUAACACACAAUUGAGUGAAAUAUCAAUUUCACAAGUGAUAAGCUAUGAUGUUAUCUGUUUGUGAAAAAUGAUGUCUGUAGGUCAUCUGGUACAGGUAUUGCAGUAUAACCUAGUUGUGUCAGAUAAUUUUUUUUAAAGAAAACAAAAUAAAUAAAAUAUUUCAUUAUGAUUAUUAGAGUCUGAAAAGGAAUUGCUUUUUGUAUUUGUAUUGUUGUUUGUGUAGUAUUUUAUUAAUAUUUAACUUUUUAAUAUGUAACUUCUGAUUAGUAUGUGUAUAUACCGGUAUAAAAUAAUUUCAGCACAUUUUGUAUAUUAGAGGACUUCAUAAUUUAUUUUUAUUUGUAAAUUUGAAAUAAAACAUCCUAAAAUUAACACUCAAUUAAUUGAAUUAUGAAUGCAUUACAUAUUAUGAUAUGCUUGAAUUUGAAUAUCAAAUGUUUGAUAUAAUUGAAAAUAAUUCUUGUGCAACUUAAUAUUAAUAAAUUAUGUAAUUUGUUUUGAUUUCUGACCAGUGAUAAUUUUUUUUAAAAAGGCAACAACAUGUGAUACAUUGUAUAUUUAAAGAGUAUUGAGAUUACUUCCUGUAUAAGUAAUGCUCAGUUUUUGUAACCAUCUUUGGAUUGUGAAAUUAUCUCCCCUUUGCUCAGGACUGUCUCCCUUUAUUCCCUAUGUCUUUAUACACAAACUUGCUAUUUUUAGCCUUAUCAACGUACAUGUUUCUGUAAGACCCUGUCCUUCUUUUAGAUGCAAAUUUUUUAAAUGAUUAAGCCGUAAACAAAUCCUGUUUCACCAAUGUAAUAUCAAUCAUGGUUAAUAUGGAAGAACAAAACAAGCAAAAUUUACAUAUUCUUGAGUCAUUCUUGAUUAACUAAUACUUUAGUUCAUUGUUACUCAGAAGACAGCUUCUUUAGAAAUUAAUUAAGCAAAUAUUAGCAGGUGUAAAAAAACAUCUUAUUUCUAUAUACUGAGUGAGACCUCCCAUUCUUCCCACGCCUACUUACUCACUUCCAUUGGCACUCUCACACACCAUUGGUUGAUACUAUGUGUAUGGUCAGACAUGAUUAUGUGCUCUCUAUGGCUAUGAUUAGUUACGAUUGUUAGUUUGAUGUUGUAUCCAUGGUAUGAUACAUAUCAUUUUCAUUACUACCAUUUUAUCUUUUUCAUUUUUAGAUACUCAUAUUUUAAUUCUCAUAUUUUGUAUAAAAGCGUGGAAUAUGCAUUCUCCAAGAGUUUGUUUAUUCCUUAGUAAGACAUGCACUGUCUUAGUAGUACCGAAAAACUUGCUUUAAUAUUGUCUUGUAACUAUAGUUUUGGUAAUAAUUUAUACAUAACAUUUUGCAUUAUCCGAAAAUAUAGAUUCAAAACUGAAUCUUAAAUUGUUGAAGUGUGUUUUGAUACCUUUUAUAUACAUUUACACUGAACUUGACAAAUAUCUUUUUACAUGAUUUAUAAUUAACUGAUGUAUGUUUUGAUAGUCAACACUUCCUGUUUUAGAACGGUAGAAUCUUACAUAACAAGCCUCGUACUGGCCAGCCAAACUCUUACAGGAGGGUGAACAUAUCCCUGUCUACAGAAUAGGCCCAUGCUUUAUUAUUUUUCUCACAUACUUAAAAAAGUGACAAAUUGUAUAAGGUGUUGUGAAACCUUUUCAUCGUGCCAUCAUCAAUGUCUUGUAAUGACGUUAUCAAUUUGAGCAUGGUUAAGCUACAUAUGAUGAUGAUGUUUACACUAUAUAGUGUGUGGUGAUACGAUGUGCCAUCUGUCUUUAAUUACUUACCUCAUGUGAGAUUGAUUUUUCUCUAUCACUAGCAACCACUGGGUCACCUUGUGGAGUAUGUGAGAAGAUCUUGUCUUGUUCCUGAGACCAAAUCAUGAUUUGUUCAUAAAAAUUAUGAAGGGAUUGGUAAAAUUUGAACUGCAAUGAUAUAGGUGGGCUUAUUACCAGGCAUGGGCUUUUUGUCUGAUUAAUUAUACAUUAUAUACAAAUUAAAUUCAAAUGAGGUAACAUUCAAACCUGUCAUGUUGUUCACACAAGGAUAUUCCUGUCUUGAAUUAAAGAAAAUAAUCAUAUAUAUUUUGGAGAUUAGAAUUAUAGGCUUUAUACAUUCUUGAUAACAUAUUGAGCUAUGAGUCUUAUAGCUUGUCUUCCAUAUGGAGACUGAGCUGAUUAGUAAAAUCUCAAGUAUCCUGGUGUCUUUGAUGCUGAGGAGAAUUAUAAAAUAACACUAUAAUUUAAGUAAAAGUAGUGAUUUGAUAUGACAGGGUUGACUGUAUAUUGACCCAAUUUCUAAAAAAAAAAAAAAAAACUAAGAAAACAACAAUUAUCUUUUGGCUCAUGUCAUCAUCCGUUAAAAUAUUCAAUGAACUGUAAUUAUUAAGUUUUAACUGAUAAAAGAAAAGUGAAAUGCAUGACACUCUAUUUCUUACCCCAUAUUGGAGCAUUGUUUGAUGUUAAUAUUACAUGGUGCAUUGGGAGAAGUAUAAAGUUUUAUUUUGAUUGAGGAAAACAUUUUUACAUAUGUUAUCCUCACAGAAUUUUAAAAGAGUUUUUAACACCCCCCCCCCCCC